UGUGAGUAUGAUCAAAUUUUUUUAUACUCAAAAGUAGUAAUUACACUUGGUGGUUAUAAUUAUUAACAGCUGGUUCUCAAGUAUGUUAAUUUAAUAUACCAUUGCAAUAACGUUCAAUAACAGUGAAUAAUAUAUAGUUUCCAGAAAACAAUGAACAUCAAGUGUAUAAAAUAGACCAAAAAACGGUAUACAAAGCAUUAAAACAACUACUGUAAUUAUUAUGCACUAGCAAGCAAGAUUCAAGUGGAUAUCAAACCAUCAAUAUCCCUGAAGAUCAAACAGUUUAUUAUUAGUGUAAAUGUAAAACAGAGAGAAAUUAGUAAAAAGUGAAUAAACAAAUUAUUAUAACCUACAAAUAAAACUGCGUAUGAAAACACAAAUUUAUAAUGAUGUCAUCUAGUGGCAGAUAGUCGAACUAGACUUGCAAUCAGCUACGCACGCACAUUAGCUUCACAACAGCGCGGCGCCAAGAAGCAUCUUUAAAUUACGCAAAUUGUGGUACCCGCACUCACCGCUAGAAGACACCACAAGUACCAAAACAUGGAAAAUGUUAUGGGCAUUUAAUUCGAUUUUUUGCUUUGUGGCGUAAUGGACUAACGAAAAAUCUUUAUUCAUAUUUUGAUUCAAAUUUACGUUCCUUUGAUAAAAUAAAUAUUGAUAAAUGUACUGUUAAGUUUUUUAGUAAAUUAAAUCAAGAUAUCGCACAAUAUUCAAGUUUUAGUAAAACAGUACCCAUAAAAUGGUCCGUUACGUCACUAUAUUCAAGUAGCUGUAAUUCUAAAACUAUGUGGUUAUUACAUUAAAUAUAAUAGUAGAAGCAGUAAUCUUUCAUAAUGAUACAAAAUCAUACAUCAAAUCCUUAUUGAUUCAAUGCAAUUUGUCUAAUUUAGUCCAUUACGUCACUUUAUUGUAUUUUUUCUUUAAUCAGUCAAAAAUAUUGAUUUUUUCAUUCGUUUAUAGAUUUAUUAAUAGGUAUAUUUUAAGUAUAGUGUACUCACUGGUUAUAUUUGGAACAUAGCAUGUUUUCAUAUAUUUUAAAUAUUUAUCAUAUUAAAUAUAAUUUUCGUCUUCAAAAUAAUGGGACCGUUACGUAAUAGGAAUUCACAUGUGACGUAAUGAAUGUGUAAAGGCAUGUCUAGUGAAUAAUCAUACUACUUUUUAAUGACCAGUGUUUUAUUUAUUAUUAUUGAUGAAAUACAAACAUGAAACAGACACAAUUAGGCCCAGCACACAUGGUGAAACGCAACUGCAACGAAACUGCAACUACUAGUUUCAUUUGAGUUUAUGCCAUAGAUACCUUUGAGAGACAACACACGUCGCAACUAGUUUGAAACCGGUUUGAAACGCGUUGCAGAUCAGUUGCUUUGAAACCAGCGUGCAGGAAACUCGUGUCGGAUUUGGCGUCUUUUCUGUUCGACAAAAUGGCUGACGACGAAAAUAAAAACAUUCAAUUCGUAUUGGAAGUUGAGAAGCAUCCUUGCUUGUACAAUACAACACUUUCAAGCUACUCUCGCAAGAAUGAUACUGAUAAAGCAUGGGCUGAAAUUGGAAAAAUAAUGAAUAUGACAGGUGCCGCAUGCAAAGAAAAAUGGCGAAAUAUGCGUGUUGUUUUUAUGAGACACUUGAAACCUUCGCCAAGUGGUUCUGGAAUAAAAAAGAAGAAACCAUACUAUUUACUCGAUUACAUGCAUUUUUUAACACCAUAUGUAAAACCGGUGAUUCCGCACGAGGCAGGGAACUUGCCAUCUACUAGUUCAAGAGAGAAUACGACAACUGAUGUGUCAAACGAUGUGCCUACCAAGUUCGAGCAAUCUACUGAGCGCAGUAAUGUAGACGAGCCUAGCCCUCCUAGUACUCAUGAUGAUUCCGCUCAUCAUUCUUCAAACCCAAAGCGAAAGAAAUCUUCAUUGCAUAAGACUGAUAAGCAUUUCAUUAAUUAUUUAAAACAGAAAUCUACUCGCAUAAAUGAAUCUCAGACGUCCACGGACUCUGUUAUGUCGUUUUUAAAUAGUCUCGCACCCGAAUUAAGAGAAAUGAAUCUGCAACAAUUCAAAUUAUUCAAGAGACGUGUACUAAACCUUAUUGAUGACAUAUUGAAUCCAACUCCUCCUACGCCUGAAAGUGAAGCAACGAGUGAAUCAAAUACAUUAAAUAACGAAACGUCCUAUCAAACAAAAUAUACUCCGAUAUCGCAGUAUACAGAGUAUGGUAGUCCUUCAUAUGCGCAGCCAGUACCGACACCUAAUCCUCUGGACUUCAGCGGAGUAUCUACACAAACACCAUCAAAUUCUACAUCAGAAUACAAUCUUGUAAAGCAAGAAGGACACCAAUUUAAUUUUCAUUAAAAAUAAAUGUUUGUGUUCUUAUAAAUGGUAUAAAUAAAUACAUAUUUUAAAUUACUUACAUAAGUGUUAUUAAUAGCCGUUCUUGAGGACUCACACAUUCCCUCAUGUUAGUAUUCUGUUUCUGCAGCUGAGGUGUCAUUAUUUCAACAAGCUCAAGGUAUAUCUUUUUGCUCAUACGAUAACAAUCCAUGAAUUUUCUGUCAGUUUGUUGAAAUUCUUUAGCAGCCACAAACAUACGGCAGUUGAUAUUCUUCUCAAUGUAGGGAUGUAACCACAUACUUCUUCUUUUACGCCUCCUUCUUUGUCGAAGAUACAAAUACAGAACCAGAACUUCUACAUCACUUGAACUAGACAUUUUGAAGACGUCUGUCUGGUCUCAAACUCGGAAUGAUUGUGACUAAUUUCAUCAUAUUUAGGUUGCGGCGUGUGUGGAAAACGUUUGAAACUGGUUUCAAACCUAUAAUUUCAAAAGGGUUUCGUUGCAGUUGCGUUUCACCAUGUGUGCUGGGCCU